UGUUUCACAUUGGUGUUAGGCAGUAUGGGUUUCACAGUGGUAUCAGAGAACACGGGUUACAGAAGUUACAGAACGUGUUACACUGUAGAGUAAGUAAGGCAGCCGGGUUUUACGGUAGUGUAAGGCAUUUUCACAUUUAGAUAAGGCAGCAAGGGUUCCAUAGCUAUGUAAAACAGUUUUUACUGUGAUCUUAGAGAGAUAUUCGUCAAGCAAAUUAUUUUCCCUUCAGCAAAUAUAUCCACCCUUUCUGUCAAUAAAACUAUGAAAGACACCAAGGAUAAUUCAGAUAGUAUACUUCCUUGUUGCAUCCAACUUCAACAUUACAGCAACACGCGUGAUCUGUGAAGGUUGUCUUCCUCCAACCAGCCAUGUGUGGAUCGCUACAACGUACCGCUCUUCUCCUGUUGGCACUUGAUACAACUGUUGUAGCAGCUGGGGCACAGACCGCCUUCAUCCUGACUGCAUCCCCUACAUCAGGCAAAGACGGGGACGUGGUCACACUGUCGUGCAGCCACCGAGAUAGGGCAGCACUGGGGUUUGUGACCUGGAGUAGGAAUAACGUGAACCUGUUUAGCACAAACAUUAACAUUUCCAGCAUCAUCGACGUUGAUAGAAAUAGUGAACAUUUCCACAAUGUAACAGGGCGGUUUAACGUGAGUCUGUUUUUGGCAAUACAUCAACUCAAUCUGAAAAUAAAUUCAUCUCUUGACGACGGAUCUGUUUGGGGAUGUUCAGGGUAUAAUCGGAUUCCUUCGGGCAACAUGUUGAAGUUUGUCGUCAACGAUGCUACAGGCGUUGUUUCCAUACAGAAUGACAGCGUCUCCACUAUAUCCUCGAUCCUACCUACACAACGACCUACAACAACAGCAGUAACAGCAUCAUCAUCAUCAACAACCGCCACAGCAGCAGGGGUGACCAUCAACGGUAAUAUCUAUGAUUAACAUUUAGCCUACCUGUCAUUAAGAUAUCCUUUUCUGAUUGGUUAUGGAAUGGGCAAUUUCUCUUCACGUACCUUGCUGACAUUGAAGAUACUGAUACCCGGUGUUUGACUGAAAAUUGAUAGUUUCUUAUCGAUGACCAACGCAACAAUCGCCGUAUCUGAUGGGCAACAUAUGACACCAUCUUAAUCAUAUAUUAUUUGCGUAAAGAGCGUGCUGAAAUGGGUGGAUGC